GCCCCUCCAGCUGCGGCAAAGAUGGCGCGCGGACUCCUGGGUUCUGUAGUUUUCUCGGGAUCCAAAAGGCUCCGUGUCCAAGCGAGUCCUUACCGCCCCGCUACCCAGCGGCUUCCCCUCCGCUAGUACGCAUGUCCACAGCCUCACGGCCUGGGAGAGAGGGGGCGCGGAAGGAAGGAGGCGGGACGGUAUUACAAACAAAAAAAUACAGCCUUCUCGAGAAGCGACUGCGGAGAGCCCGCUCCUCCCAGAAGGCGGUGCAGCCGGCCCGGGCGAGCCACGCGGAGGGUUGUGGGGCGGAUAGCUCCCCUCCAGAUGGAGGCUCAUGAAGUAGGGUGGGCGGGGAACUCCAUAUCCCAGCGUGCCCCUCGGCGGGCCCUACCGGCCGCGACUCCGGGCUUGGCCCCGGCCCUAGCUCGUCGGCGGUGUAUUGGGGCGCGUGGAGGCUGCAGUCACGGUGGCGCCCGCGGGGACGGAGGAGGGAAUGAGUGAAGAGGAGCAAGGCUCCGGCAUUACCACGGGCUGCGGGCUGCCUAGUAUAGAGCAAAUGCUGGCCGCCAACCCAGGCAAGACCCCGAUCAGCCUUCUGCAGGAGUAUGGGACCAGAAUAGGGAAGACGCCUGUGUACGACCUUCUCAAAGCCGAGGGCCAAGCCCACCAGCCUAAUUUCACCUUCCGGGUCACCGUUGGCGACACCAGCUGCACUGGUCAGGGCCCCAGCAAGAAGGCAGCCAAGCACAAGGCAGCUGAGGUGGCCCUCAAACACCUCAAAGGGGGGAGCAUGCUGGAGCCGGCCCUGGAGGACAGCAGUUCUUUUUCUCCCCUAGACUCUUCACUGCCUGAGGACAUUCCGAUUUUUACUGCUGCAGCAGCUGCUACCCCAGUUCCAUCUGUUGUCCUAACCAGGAGCCCCCCCAUGGAACUGCAGCCCCCUGUCUCCCCUCAGCAGUCUGAGUGCAAUCCCGUUGGUGCUCUGCAGGAGCUGGUGGUGCAGAAAGGCUGGCGGUUGCCAGAGUACACAGUGACCCAGGAGUCCGGACCAGCCCACCGCAAAGAAUUCACCAUGACCUGCCGAGUGGAGCGUUUCAUUGAGAUUGGGAGUGGCACUUCCAAAAAAUUGGCAAAGCGGAAUGCGGCGGCCAAAAUGCUGCUUCGAGUGCACACGGUGCCUCUGGAUGCCCGGGAUGGCAAUGAGGUGGAGCCUGAUGAUGACCACUUCUCCAUUGGUGUGGGCUCCCGCCUGGAUGGUCUUCGAAACCGGGGCCCAGGUUGCACCUGGGAUUCUCUACGAAAUUCAGUGGGAGAGAAGAUCCUGUCCCUCCGCAGUUGCUCCCUGGGCUCCCUGGGUGCCCUGGGCCCUGCCUGCUGCCGUGUCCUCAGUGAGCUCUCUGAGGAGCAGGCCUUCCAUGUCAGCUACCUGGAUAUUGAGGAACUGAGCCUGAGUGGACUCUGCCAGUGCCUGGUGGAACUGUCCACCCAGCCGGCCACUGUGUGUCAUGGCUCUGCAACCACCAGGGAGGCAGCCCGUGGUGAGGCUGCCCGCCGUGCCCUGCAGUACCUCAAGAUCAUGGCAGGCAGCAAGUGAAGCCCCAGCUGGACUCAUGGAUGUGCACCCUUUGCUCCCUGCUCUUUCUGCCUCUGGGCUCAUGUAUCUGCGCAGCUCUGGUACCCUCUGUGGGUACCAACUCUACCUCUGACACAGACUGCCUGCCUUGAGGCUGAGAAGGCACAGGGCAAGGAGCCAAGGACCACAGGGCCUCAGCCAGCCCAGGAUUCGUCCUCAUUUUAUUGGUGAUGAUGAAUGGGAAUGAAAUCGGGGCUGUCUACUAGAGCCUGGAAUAAAUAUGCUGCUUUGUAGAUUUUUAA